UAUGUCUAUGCACGCUUAGCUUAUCGAAAAAGUCAUCGACCAAGUCUUCCUUCGGUGAUAAGAGUUUACAAACAACUAGAAUACCUACAUGGACUAGUUUAUGAGAGUGAUACUACAUGUAUUGACCAACUAAGGAUGGAUAGACAAUCUUUUCAUAAGCUUUGUCAAAUUUUGGUCACUAAAGGAGAACUACGAUCGACCCGAAACAUGUCCACAGAGGAGAUGGUUGCAAUUUUUUUAAAUAUUCUUGCACACCAUCAUAAGAAUCGCGUCAUAAAAUUUAAUUUUACUAGAUCGGGACGAACUGUUAGUAAGUAUUUUCAUGAGUGCUUGAAGGCAAUGAUUCGAUGCCAAAAGGAUUUCUGGAAAUCACCAGAACCCGUACCUGAGAACUCAACAGACUAUAGGUGGAAGUGGUUUAAGAACUGUUUAGGAGCAUUAGAUGGAACCUAUAUUAGAGUGAAGGUACCAGAACGAGAGAAACCAAAAUACAGAACAAGGAAGGGUGAAAUAGCAACGAAUGUUUUGGGAGUUUGCUCUCAAGACUUGCAGUUUAUAUAUGUUUUGGCUGGAUGGGAGGGUUCUGCACAUGAUAGUCGAGUCCUUAAAGAUGCUCUGAGUAGGAGAAAUGGACUAAAAGUCCCUAAUGGUUAUUAUUACUUAGUGGAUGCUGGUUACACCAACGGAACAGGCUUCCUUGCACCUUUUAGAGGACAACGUUAUCAUCUUAAUGAUUGGAGGGAUGGCCAUCGACCUGAGACACCAAAUGAAUUUUUCAAUAUGAAACAUUCGAGUGCUAGAAAUGUUAUUGAGAGGUGUUUCGGUUUAUUAAAAAUGCGUUGGGCAAUUCUUAGGAGUCCAUCCUUUUAUGAUAUUAUAACACAACGUCGUAUAAUUUCUGUGUGUUGUAUGCUCCAUAACUUUAUAAGAAGAGAGAUGGCUUUGAAUCCUAUUGAACAUCAAGUGGACAAUCAGUUUGUAGAUGGAACUUUGGAAACAAAUGAUUACAUUGGUACAGUUGAGUCCUCAGAGGAUUGGAGUGUAUGGAGGCAAAACCUUGCAAAUGAAAUGUGGAACACAUGGAAUGGAAAUAGGGAAUGAAGACAUGUGAUGAGCACAUUAUUUGUUUGUUUUUAUCGUGUUAUUUAAUGUACUCAAGACAUUAUUUAUUUAUUGUGCUUGUGUAAUGUAUUGAAUAUGAACAAUUAAUAUGAGUACGUGUUUUUAAGAACCUUUUUAUUAAUUCAUGCAUUCAUUGUUUAGAGCUGGAAUGCUUUUCAUCACUUGUAUAGCAGAUUCAUUGUUUUUCAUCACUUGUAUCUUUUUUUUUGUUUAUUUUUUGUAGUAGAUCAUUUAUCGUCAUGAGUUCUACUGCUACUUCAAGUGGAAAAGUAAGGGGAGGAAGGGGACAAAAUAAGCGCUAUUGGACAACUAAGGAGGAUAACACAUUGAUGGAAUGCUUAAUGGAACUCCAUCAGAAUACCAAUUGGCGAGGUGACUCAGGCUUUAAAAAUGGAUACUUGAAUAAAUUAGAAACUAUGCUAGAAGUCAAACUUCCGAAUUCUGGGUUGAAGGCAUCACCCCAUAUUGAAUCAAGGGUGAAGACUUUGAAGGGAAAAUAUGGUGCUUUAGCUGAUGCAUUAUCUCAAAGUGGUUUUGGGUGGAAUGAAGAGGAGAUGAUGUUGGUAUGUGAGAAAAGUGUAUUUGAUGCAUGGGCGAAGGUAAAUCUAAGCAUAUCCUAUUCUGUGCAUAUCGAAUUAAAAAUUACAUAUGUUAUGCUAUGUCUUUAAUAUUCAUUUAAGAAUACUAAUGCAGAUAUAUAUAUAUAUAUAUUGUAAUUGUAGAAUAAAAAGGAUGCAAGUGGUUUGUAUGGCAAGUCGUUUCCACAUUACUAUGCACUUGGAGAGAUAUACGGAAAAGAUCGUGCUAUUGGAACAAAUGCUGGAAAUGCUGAUGAUGAUGAAGAAGACGUUAGGCGAGAUGAUGCAAGUGUUCAUCAGAAUAGAAGUGUGGGUGAUGAUUUUAUUGAGGAGAUGUUUUCACAUCCUGAUGGUGGGUCACAAUAUGGGGGUUCAGAAUAUGACGGAUCUCAAUUUGAUGAUGUUGAGGAUUUAGAAGAUGAUGAGACAACUUUUACACAACCAAAUCCCCAACCCUCAAGUGCCCAACAACGUGCCCAACAGAAGAGACCCGCACAAGAUGUAGCAAGUGGUCCAAGUAAUCCUCGUAGGAAGGUAAAUGCUUUGAAUGAAAUGUCUAACAAAUUUGGACUUAUGGCUGAAGCCGUAGCCGGAAUGGCACCUCAACUUGCAGGUUUGGUUAAUGUUCUUUCAACAGAGAAGGAUCUUGCUGAUAUGCAAGCUAACCUUGGUGGUGAAUUGAGGAAAAUAGAAUUCCUAACUCCUUUGCAAGUAUUUCGUAUCACCAAUAUUUUAGCCAAAGAGCACGAUUUGCUGAGGGUCUUCUUUACCAUGACUGAUGAAGAAAAAAAAGAUUAUGUAUUUAAUCUUAUGGAGCAUGGCUUAUAGUGAUUGCGAUUGAUGAGUAAUGGGUGAAUGACUUUUGUGGAGAUUAUAUAUCUCUUCUUUUGGUAGUUUGACUAUUUUGUAUUUAAUCGUAUGAAGAUUAUGCAAAUUAUUAUUA